AAGUUUUUUAGGUCUGCCGUUUCCUGCACCACCACCGUUUACCGUACUCCUCGUUGUCGAUCUUAGUCGUCUAUUAAGCUUGUUUUAAAACGAGUAUUCCUUCAGCUUUAGUGAAGUUUAUGUAGGUUAUAAGGCGAAUCAUGAAGUUCUUGUACCUGAGAGGUGCUGUGUUUUUCACCUUCAUACCUGUAGUACUAAACCUCAGACUUAUGGAUGAUGGGCGCUCUCUGAAAUGUACACAAAAGGAAGUACAGUGCACAGCAGAGUUCAAUAAUUGCAUGUAUAAAGGAUGGCUCAUUCCUUCAAAUUUCACUCCUAGUGGACCAGAUAAUUUAACAGUGUAUGUUGAUGUAAGAAGCAAUAUGAAAGGUGAUUUGGAACCAGUAAUUGUGGCAGAAUGGAAAGCGAAGGAUGAUGGAAGCAUAAUUCAUUUGAAAGGAACAGAGCUUGGUGUGAUGAAGUCAUCCACCAAUGAACAUCUGUGUGUUCAUUACCAGUUCCUCAAUGUUUUUACCUCCAUGAGGGAUAGUGCCGGCAAAAAGUGGUCUUUUUCUUUGGAUAAAGUUGUCGUAGAUCCAGACAGCACAUAUGUAGUGACCGCCUCCAACCUUCCUAAGCCGAAUUUACUAUACACGAGUUACAAUAUCUACAGAAAGGUUAAUGUUCCAGGUUGUGACGAUCCUUUGAUGCGAACGACCAAAAUCUGUUUUGAAAGAGGGGAUACAUGGCAGCCCAAAAUGACUGUAGGAAGGGCCACAGGUGUGAAUGGCAAGGAUACUCUGUAUGUCGCAUUUAAUCCUGGAGAUAACGUAGAAAAAUACAAUGUUUUUCUGACGUGCAACAGGGACACUGAAAUGAAGACUCUUUAUAAUGAGAGCAAGCCAUUACUAAAUGUGACAUAUGACCUGGAGAACUGGCCACGUACAUGCUGUAGUUUUGAUGUUCAGAUCCAGCCAUUUUUCCGGAAGUGUGGAAACGACUGUCGUCGAAAGAAUCACAAUUUUAACAUAUGUGGUCCCGUACCAACAAGCCCUUCUGAGAACAACUCAGCACUCUGGAUCAUUUGUGUUGGAUUAUGUGUCUUAAUUUGUGCUGUUGGUAUUUGUGCUAUUUAUUUGCGCUGCAGAAAACCACCGAAAGCUGACGAAAUGCCAGAGAAAGAAGUACCUCUAGAACAUCCACUACCAUCUGGUUCUCGAUCUGUAUUAAUCAUCUACUCCAGAGAUCAUCCCCUUUACACAGACAUAGUCUUGAAACUUUGCGCCUUCCUGCAGGCCAAAUGCGGGAUUGAGGUUGUGCUAGACCUACUUGACAUGACUUGGCUCGGCACCAUUGGUCGGCUACAGUGGCUUGAGGAAAAAAAGCGACAGAUUGAGCAGUCAUCCAAUAAGAUCUUGGUCCUUUGCUCCCGAGGAGUGCAAGCCAAGUGGGGGGCAAUGUGUGGAGAGCCUCGCAUCCUCCUCCGGGAAGACGCACGCUCUCCGGUCGGUGAUAUGCUGACUCUCGCCCUUCAGCUGAUUACACCUGAUAUGCAGCGCCCGGCUUCUUACGGGAAGUAUUUGGUGGCUUACUUUGAUGACGUAAGCAGCCAAGGCGAUGUGCCGUCUAUGUUUGACAUUGCGGUCAAAUAUAAGCUAAUGAAGCAUUUCGAGGAGCUCUAUUUCCGUAUCCUCGAUGUGGAGAAGUAUCAGCAGGGAGUGAAGCAGUGUAUCCAGGGUAUCGGAAAGGACGAGUACUUCAACUGCCCCUCAGGCGAAGCCUUGAGGAACGCAAUCGAAGCAUUCCAGGCACACCAAAUGAAGAAUCCAGACUGGUUUGAGAAAGAGUGCGUGACCAGUGAGGAGGAAGUGAGAGGGGAAGCUGAUCAUCUUCUUGAGAUGCCCAUGCAGCCCAUAUAUGAAUUGACACCCAUGCUAAAUAUAGGACUCCCGAUUCUUGUGAAGGAGGUAGACAUCAAUCAAGAGUUCCAGAGCAUCUGUGCUGUAAUUCCACAAAUUCAAGAGAACCCUGAAGAGUCAUCCAUGGUGAUUAUUAAUCCAAGAAUCCAGCAGGAACACAGCGAAGUACUUUCCUUUUAUCCAGCAAUGGAAAGUCCUCUUGAAUUACCCAGCAUGACUGGUAUUGGGACACCAAUGGACCCACAAAUUUACCCUUGUCUCCUUGCUGAACCAGGACCAGUGGAAACCACACAUCCUCCUUUUGAGUUUCCAAUGGGGGAACCGUCAGAUAAUUAUCCGACUGACAGCAGGAAGUGCCUUUUAAUAGCACCUCCACCAUCAAUGGAGGACAGCUUCCAUAUGUAUCAGGAGAUGGAUAUGUCCCAGCCAGUGGAGAUGGAGGAAAGUGAAAUGGAGGGUGCUUCUGAGAUGAGACCAUCACGAGGGUCCGAUCAGGGAUAUGGUUCCAGGUAUUCCACAGUGAGGGAAGACCUCAAGUUACAACAAGACCUUUCCUCUCUGGCCAAGUUACAAAUGGACCUCUUCUUGAACAGCCCAAUCUCUUCUGGUUUCUGCACCAAACCUAUAGAGAACUGAAUUUCUUGUUCAUCUUUUGACAA